AGCAGCGCCACCCAGAAAACCAAAAACAAAAACGUUUCUGUAUAUAAAUAAUGGUCUUAGUGAUGGGUUAGGUGAGGCCACAUCAACUGCACCAUUCUUCUUUAUACAGGUCUGAAGAAAACCGAAAUCUUCAAACCUUGACUAUCACAACCCUCAUGGCUCAAAUUUCCCAUCUUGCUUUGGAUAUUGGAGGCUCUUUGGUUAAGCUGGCGUAUUUUUCACAAAUCAGUGAUGAUGAAUCUUCCGAGAGUAAUGCACAAGUGUGUAAUGGAGACAAAGGUUGUACUGUUCUGGAAGGGAAGCUUCAGUUUGCGAAAUUCGAGACGGCUAAGAUACAUGAUUGCAUAGACUUCAUUCAAUCUAAGCAACUUCGCCUUACUGGAUGCCGGCAUGAUGGUGCUUCUGCCAAUGAGCAGUGUGUUAUUAAGGCCACAGGUGGUGGGGCAUACAAGUUUGCUGAUCUCUUUAAGGAAAAGCUUGGGGUUUUUCUUAGCAAGGAAGACGAAAUGAACAGUCUUGUGGCAGGAGCAAAUUUUCUGCUUAAGUCAGUUCCCGAUGAAGCAUUUACAUACAUGGAUAGUCAGAAGGAAUUUGUGCAGAUUGAUCAAGAUGAUCUAUACCCCUAUCUCCUAGUUAAUAUUGGCUCUGGUGUCAGUAUGAUCAAGGUGGAUGGACCUGGUAAAUUUGAGCGUGUAAGUGGAACCAAUGUUGGUGGUGGCACUUUUUGGGGUUUAGGAAGACUUUUAACAAAGUGCAAGAGUUUUGAUGAGUUGCUGGAGUUAAGUCAUCAGGGAAACAAUAGAGUGAUAGACAUGCUUGUUGGGGACAUAUAUGGGGGUACAGACUAUAAAAAGAUUGGCCUUUCAUCAACUGCCAUCGCUUCUAGCUUUGGCAAGGCAAUAUCUGAUAAUAAGGAGUUGGAAGAUUACAAUCCUGAAGAUAUUUCUCGGUCCCUUUUAAGAAUGAUUUCCAAUAAUAUUGGACAGAUCUCAUACUUGAAUGCACUAAGGUUUGGGCUGAAGCGCAUAUUUUUUGCCGGAUUUUUCCUUCGGGGUCAUGCGUACACGAUGGACACUAUUGCUGUUGCCGUUCAUUUCUGGUCUAAAGGUGAAGCCAAAGCAAUGUUUUUGAGGCACGAAGGGUUUCUUGGAGCAUUGGGUGCAUUCAUGAGCUAUGAAAAGCAUGGCUUUGAUGACUUGAUGGUCCAUCAGUUAGUGCAACAAUCCCCAAUCUGUGCAGACUCGGAAUUGAACGACAAUCCAAGCAUAGAUUGCAAUUUAUACUUGUCUUAGAAUUUGCAUUGGCUUCUCUUCCAGGCUCGACAUAAUGCUAGGCAAUUCUUGGUUGCCUGUAAGUCUUGUGAACGUCAAAGGCUUCAAUACCUUUGUAGCAUAUGUAAGAUUAUCAAUACAUACUAGGACAUGUAUUCAAAACAAAAAGGAUGAUAGCUGAGAUGCACAAUGUAAGUUGUAACACCACCUGAUUUAUUCUGUACUAUGAGCACAUCUACCCAGAUUUUUACCGUAUUUUGGAGAUAGCAACUAUGUAACUGUCAUUAUCCAAUAAAGUGAAUUACUCACUGUUAUUGCA